GGAGCAGCAGGAUGUGGCUCACGAGGCAUCCCUGAGACGCGUGGGCUGCUGGGAAGGAAGGCCAGAGGCCUCCCCGGCAGGGGCACCCCAGGGCGUGGCGAGGUGCUCGCUCGCCCUCCAGGGUGCUCGGCUCUGCCAUCCUGACAUGGAGUCCUGCAACGUGGAACUGAUUUUUGACCACGUGGGACACUUCGGCAGGUUCCAGAUAGCCCUGUAUCUCAUAUGUGCCUACCAGAGCAUCUCCUGUGGUAUCCACUUCCUGUCUUCCGUGUUCAUGUCGAUUAUCCCUGAACAUGCGUGCAAGCCCCCAGGCACGGUGCGGAAGGCUGUUUUCCGCAACGUGUCUGCUUGGAGGUUGGAGGACAUAUUGGCCCUGCGGUCUCCAGAGCACAAAGACCACAUUAUGGUGGAGCUGCACGACGGUGAGAUCUGGGAGCUCACCAGAUGUAGCAGGACUUGGAGGGAGAACACGUCCCACUUGGGCUAUGAGUACAGUGGCUAUAAGCGGGACAGCCCUUGCUCCGAUGGCUACAUCUACGACCAAAGCAAAUGGAGAAGUUCUGUGGUGGGAAGUUUCAACCUGGUCUGUGAUCAGAAAUGGUACGCGAACAUGAUCCAGCCCUUGUUUAUAUUCGCCAUGCUGCUGGGAGCAAUUACUUUUAGCUACCUUUCUGACAGAUUUGGAAGGCGAGUGGCCCUGUGGUGCACGACCAUCGGUGUGUUCUUCUUUGGAAUAGGUUCCAUCUUCAUAUUUGACUAUUUCAGCUUCAUGGCUGCACGCUUCUUCCUUGUGAUGACCUCAAGUGGCUAUUUUGUGGUGGUCUUUGUCUACGUGAUGGAAUUCAUCGGCAGGGAGUCCCGCACGUGGGCAUCCAUGCAUCUGAACACCUUUUUUGCUAUUGGAACAAUGUUGGUGGCUUUGGUAAGCUAUUUGGUGAAAACGUGGUGGCUUUACCAGAUCAUCCUGUGGACGGUGACCGCCCCCUUCAUUCUGUGCUGUUGGAUGCUUCCAGAGACUCCCUUUUGGCUUCUCUCAGAAGGAAGAUACAAGGAAGCACAAGGCGUAGUGGACGCCAUGGCUGUGUGGAAUAAGUCCAGCUCCUGUGACCUGAUAGAACUCUUGUCACUAGAUGUGACUAGGUCCCAUGAUAAAAGCCACAAGGGUGCUGGGAAGCCCAGCCUAGGAGAUCUGUUUCGUAACCCGGAUAUCGCAAAAAUGACCCUCAUCGUUUGGUUGGAUUGGUUCACGGUAAAUUUGGGAUACUACGUGUUUGCCAUGGAAGCUGUUCGGAGAAAAGAACACGAACACCUAUACUACCUCCUAGUGGGUGCUGUGGAGAUCCCCGCCUAUGUCUUCCUGUGCAUCUGGAUGCAGAGGGUGGGAAGGAGGAAGACUAUGCUCACCUUCCUCUUAAUGUCCUCCUUCAUCUGCGUGGUUUACGUGGUGAUACCCUCGGAUUCCGACACUGCGAAGGAAGCGAAGGGAGCGGUAGCUUUGUUCGUCAAAGUUGCAGUAGGCUCAGUGUUUGCCUUUAUCUAUCUUUACACGGCCGAGCUGUAUCCAACCAUCAUGAGGUGCUUGGCUGUAGGGAGCAGCAACAUGGUGUCCCACGUGGCAAGCAUGGUCAUCCCACUCUCCCAGCAUUUCUCCAAAGUCUGGAUCUUCCUGCCACAGAUUUUAUUUGGGACCCUGGCCAUACUGAGUGGACUGUUGUCAUUGAAUCUUCCAGAAACCCAGAACAGACCAAUGAUAUCUACUUGGGAGACGACUGAAGAGCAGGUGCCGGAAAACAAAGAUAGCUUAGACAAAGUCUCUCCUGAUAUUUUCAAGAGGUGGAAUUCAGGCAGAGCCCUUUCUUUUGCUGAGAGGUGGGGUUUAAGCAGAGACCCUUAUGAUGUUGAGAAGUGGGGUUUAGGCAGAGACCCUUAUGAUGUUGAGAAGUGGGGUUUAGGCAGAGACCCUUAUGAUGUUGAGAAGUGGGGUUUAGGCAGAGACCCUCCUGACACUGAGAGGUGGGAUUCAGGCAGAGCCCCUCCUGAUGCUGAGAGGUGGGGUUCUUCGGGAAGAGCCCCUUCUGAUGCCAAGAAGUGGGGUUUAGGCAGAGCCCCUCCUGAUGCUGAGACUGGGGGUUCAGGCAGAGCCCCUCCUAAUACUGAGACUGGGGGUUCAGACAGAGCCCCUCCUAAUACUGAGAGCGGGGGUUCAGGCAGAGCCCCUCCUAAUACUGAGAGCAGGGGUUCAGGCAGAGCCCCUCCUGAAACUGAGAGUGGGGGUCCAGGCAGAGUCCCUCCUGAUGCCGAGAGUUGGGGUUUAGGCAAAGCCCCUCCUGAUGAUGAGAUUGGGGGUUCAGGCAGAGCCUCUCCUGAAACUGAGAGUGGAGGUUCAGGCCAAGCCCUUCCUGAAACUGAGAGUGGGGGUUCAGGCAGAGCCCCUCCUGAAACUGAGAGUGGGGGUUCAGGCAGAGCCCCUCCUGAAACUGAGAGUGGAGGUUCAGGCCAAGCCCUUCCUGAAACUGAGAGUGGGGGUUCAGGCAGAGCUCCUCCUGAAACUGAGAGUGGGGGUUCAGGCAGAGCCCCUCCUGAAACUGAGAGUGGUGAGGGUGGUUCAGGCAGAGUCUCUCCCAAAGAUAAGAAUGAGGGUUCAGGCAGAGCCCCUCCUGAAGAGAACACUGAGGUGGAAAAUGAGAUAGAAAACAGUGAGUAACUCGGGGGAUUCCACUGGUGGUAAAUGAAUAUCUUAUAUGGUGCCCAGCACCUGGGAUGUUGACAUUAGUUACUUUGUAUUAGACAUGUUAUUCUUUCUUUCCCUAUGUUAUUUAUGUAGCUGUAUGAAAAAUGCUGGGAGAAAGUUUUAAACAAUUGUUUUGUAAAAGUAAAUGAAAUAAAACCAGUAUGUGUUGGGGGA